UUGUUUUUUACAAAGUAGUUAAAAGUCAAAGUAACUCCCAACAACUGGAAUGGUGCUCAGUAGAGUGCAUACCUCCACCGAGGCACAACGGUUCCCUGCUGUCGAUUCCACUCCGAGGAUUUAAUGGAAAAAACAAAAGAAAAAUCUCACAAUGUGGACGAAAGUGAGAAAACAUUCGUCCCUCAGCGGGUUGUCCCGGGCCAAGACCCGUCCUCCAUCCAAGUCUGGUGGAACUGUGUCCUGAUGACAAACCAACAGAAGCUCCUUCUGUCGGCUGAGCAGGUGGAAACUGUAGCGUUUGAGCAGCAGCCUGAUGAAGUUCAGGCCCGUCAGAACCAAUCAAACUAAAACAAACGAGUCCAAGUGCGAAGAGUCGAGGAGAUAUUUACCUCCUGCUGCGUUGGUUUGUCACAAAAAACUACUGACCACAUUUGUCGGACUUGGCUGGCGGACGCGUCUCAGCCCAGUUUAACUCUUGAAUCAAUGAACCUGUGAAAUUUGAAUCUCAGAUCACAGUUAAACAGUUACAGGUAGUUUUAGAUUUCCAGUUUGAUACUUUCAUCAGAACUGAAUUAAAUGGAACUGUUGUGCCUUGGCAGAGGUAUACGCUCUACUGAGCGCUAUUCUAGUUUGAUAUAUAACAGCAACAUGAUGGAAACAAAUCGUAUCUGUGUGGACGAAGGCCUGAAGACUUUCUGUUUCCAAACACACAGUUCUCAGAUCAGUUAGCGAUCAGUGAAAAGCCUUUAGCAUGUUUCAAACCCGUCGCUAACGUUCAGCGACGUUUUGAAGCCAGAAAAGCUCAACAUCAGAUACUCAGACUGUCCAUGUUGACUUCUUGCUGUUGCUUCUGGACUGAGUUGAUUGGGGAUAAAAUAAUUGAAUUAUUUCUCUUUCAAAUUUACCAAAUAUUUUUGGACAGAACGGCUGCAGUUACGAUGGUUGCGAUGCUAAAAGCAAACAGCAGCUUCUCUCACAUUAGCCGUGUUUCCAUGAGGCACUGAGGAGAAUAUCACAGCAGAACAUUUAUGGAAACAUUAACAUUUAAAAAAAAAAAAAAAAACGCUCACUCAUUUUUCUUUUUGUCUUUUGUGUAUCAGAGUCCAUGCAUCACGUAGCUACGUAGCUAACACCGCUCCUCUGACCAAGUUACAUUUUACGUGGCCUGGUCCAUUUACUCUGAUGUUUUAUGGAAACGUGGUCAUGAAGCCUAUGAAACGUCUUUUUGGACCUCAGUGUCACGUGAUGAUGUAAUUCUACAGUUUGGCGGCUCUGGAAACUGUCUGAAAGUCUGGCGCUUCUCCUGGAGGCUCGAGUCCACAAACUUCCAGGCUUGGAGUCAGAACAGACGUUAUCUGACGUGUAAAAAGCACUUUUUGAUUCUUGAUGUGAACAACAAACUAUCAAUCUUCAGACUUCUGUCACAUCAUUACAGCCACGCUCUGUUUUACCUCCGUCUGUCGACUGACUUCAUCACAUUCACAGUUGUUGGUGGCGUCAGUGACUCGCUGGUUCUUUGACCUUCAGACUGUUUCGCUCUGAAAACACUGGGUGAAGCUGUGAGCGCUCAGCUAGCAGCGCUGCUCCUCGUGUCGGGGGAACUCUGCUGGAGAUCCUCGAGAGACGAGCGACGACAGAGGCAGCAGAGAGCCGGAGCUCACAGGAGAGCGUGACACGGGUCAGCGGAGGAGGGAGAGAUUUAUGACGGUGGAGCUGUGGAGGUGUCUCACUGCAGAGCGAGCCUCCCCCGUGUCUCCACCUCCUCCACCCUUCCCUCCUGCAGCUCACUCUCUCCAUCUGCUCUGAUGCAGCUCAGUACAGCUGUGCUGCAGCCGCCCUCAGUAUCCUCCCUCCGUCUGCAGAACACAGCCGGUCGGAGCCACUUCAGCUCUGCGACCCGACAGUUACCUGACCGGAUCAAGUGGACACUUUUGACCCUGAGGACCUUUUUUUACAACUCAUUUUCUGUGAGUGCUGACUGGGAACCUUUUGUGAGCUCAGGUGUUUGAUCCGUCAGUCUUGGAGGAGUUUAAGGUGCAGACUGAGGUGCUUCAGGCAGAUUUCUCACCUGGACUCUGAGGAAAACAGGAUGGACUUCACUUACUUUUGGCUCCUCGCAACGACUCUGAUGUUGAUCCAUCAACAUCAAGCCUCCACCUUCUCCAUCACCAGCCCCACAGUGGAGGAGGGCCCCCGGGCGCAGCUCCCCCACACGGCCCACCGGCGAGAGAAACGCUGCUCCUGCGAGAACCAGAAAGACAAAGAGUGCAUUUUUUUCUGCCACAUCGGCAUCGUCUGGGUCAACACCCCGAGCCACCUGGUUCCUUAUGGAUUUGGUUCGGUCCGACUCAGGAGGGAGCUCGGCCGCUGCCUCUGCACCGACACUCAAGACGGCGAGUGUUUGAGCUUCUGCUCCGUCCGGACGCAAACCGAAGGAGAAAACGCUGCGUUGAAGAGGAAGACUGACAAACAGUCGAAGCGAUACAGAGGUGCAUUGUGGGAAAAAAGGAGCCGACACGCGCUCAAACAGACCUGAGGCGAAGAGGUCCGACUGAGGAGAGAACGCAGACGGAGCCGUUAGUUUGUGUACAGUGUGUAAUGUUCAUGUAGUGAUGGUGACUAUUAGGAUAGGAGUGCUGACCCCAGACCAGCUCAUCUCUGUAACAUUUGGCUGACGUGCAGGAAGGGAGUUGAACCUGUGACCUCUCUGUCACCGGAUGAUCUCAGCUGAUUUGUCACAGCGAGAAGAAAAAAAACAAAACAGAAUCAUAUUUGAGUCGAGGCUGCAGCCCGACGCCGCCUGUGAUUCUGAUUGUAACUUUAGUAUUUAGUGGGUUUACAGUAAAGACGCAGACGAGUCAAACAUUAUUCUACGUGUCAUCAUCGGUCACCUGAUGUAUAAUAUCUGACAGACGGCUUCAAAACUCAUCGCUCACACCGCCGCCUGUCGUCUGUAAUAAAUCCUUCAUUUCACAACUUUUCCUUUCAGAAUUCUGAUUAUAACGUCAGAGAAAGUCUGAAGUAUAUCUGUGUCGUCAGUGUUUAGAAGUCUUUGUCUGAAUGAGAAUUGAAAUAAUAAUAAUACUACUAAUAUAUUUUUUAGCUUCACAGUUUGUUUGAGUGAAGCGACCACAGCGACGUCACAGCUUCUGUGGCAGCUUCACUUUUUCCUCCAACACGUCAAACAUCUCAAAGUGAAAUAUAACACAUAUUUAUUUCCUGUCCGCUGGCGUAUACUCGCAGUGAUUAAUCUCUGAGCAUGUGGAAUAUAACCUGAGUAGAUAUGUAGAUACAGAUCUCUGAACGCUUCUGCUUUCAGGAGCGCCUCCUCGCUCUGUCAUCAGAGGUCAGGAGGUGGAGACGUGACCUUUGACCGGAGGUGACGGGAACUCACCUGAGGAGCUGUGACCAUAUAAUCAGGUUAUACAGCUUCUUCACUCCCAUCAUAAAAACCACAGCAGACUCGUCUCCCUCGCAGCAGAACAGAACCUCUCCUGAAUCUGUUGGUUCUCGAGGCUGAACGAGCUUCAUUCCAUCAGCGAGGCUGUUUGAUCUCAGUCGUCAGUCCGACGUGUUUCAGUCUCGUUCAUGCUGUUCCGCGUCACGCUGCACUCACACAACCAUGAAAACGACGGACUUGAACAAAAGUUGUCAUCAGAACCUCCUCACACUGAAACACAUUUUAUCUGAGCCAAGUGCAACACUCAGAGUUCUGUUCCGCGCUGAGAUCCUCGAGAACGCGCUGGAUGACUGAUAUCAAUCAUCUCAGCGAGCAGCAGGCGGCUCUCCGUCCUGCUAACACAAACAUCACGUCUCAGAAACAGGAUAUUUCCUCCAGAUAUGAAUAUAAUGAAAUCCAGCAGUUCAGCGAGUCGUGGAGCAGAACUCGUGUUGCAUUUCGCCUGAUUCUGUCCUGAUGUUCACGUCUUCAGCCUACUUCAUCUGUAGAACGGCUUUUGUCACAUGUUCUGAACACGACGCUCUUCAAAUGUAUAGCAUCAUAUAUGUACGUAUGUUGAUUAUUUUAUUGAUAUUUAUUUUGUUAAAGAUUUUUAAAUUACUUAAACACAAUAAAAACAA